UAUUAUGAUCUCUCGUAGGAAUCAACGUUACUUUGCCUUUCAUCACAAAAUUUACCUAUUUACCCCAAGGGCCUUUUGGUGUAUUUUGCCAUAUUGUUUGUUUGUAUUUAUUUUUGUGAAAACUGAAGUGCUAUUUGUUUUAACUUAAAGUACAAUGAUUCAAAUGACCAUUUUAAAUGAGCACACAAACACACAACAUGUCUGUAUCCAAAGAAGAUGAUUCUGGACUGUCCCAUCUUACUCACAGUGAACUUCUCCGUGAAAGAGAAAUCUCUGUAAAGGCUUUCGGCAACACCAUAGUGACAGCUCUUUAGUUAAUGUCUGUGAAAUCACAUGUUUAAAGCAUUAUUUUCCACAAUCAGUUUAUUUAAGGCAACAGUAAAUAAAUAAACAAAGCAACAAAAAAAAACUUUCCCCCUCUUAACACAAUGGAACAUUCCAAACAUUUUGAACAUUAAGAUGUAAAUAUAAUCAGGAAAUUGCAUCAUUUUCUCAUAUUAUAUAUUGAUUUGCACAAAAAAAAACUGAGGUUAGCUGCAUGAGGAGGAUUAAUAAUGCGGUCAUGCAACCGUUUUCAAUUGGUCACUCAGAUUCUUAUACUUGCCCAUCAUUCUUGCUUCUUGCUCAUCUUUCCAGCACAUCAACUUUAAGAAUUGAAGUGUGUGUGUGUAGGUGUCUGUGUGUGAAAUGUUCUCUCUUGUUUAUUGUUUUGCCACCUGCCACCUUUCGGGAAAACCUAUAUGUGUCAGCUGCAAAAAACUUGAGCAAUUUUUACACAGAAACUGCAGCAACUGAGAGUCAUUCACAUGUCUAAUCUAAUGGAGAGUGCUGCAAAUGCAAUCACUGCUAGUACUUUCCACAGUGCCAUAAACAAUGUUUCUUACACCCCAAUGGGCUACAACUGAGAAACAGAAUAAAAAUGAGCAAAAUGGCAUUGCAUUAAAGGUCACAGUAAAAAAAGAAGUGUGACAUUCCCAGGUAAAACCUUCUAGUGUUUAUAAUAACACACUCCAAUAGUAUAAGCAACAUACUUUCUCUGUCAAACAGCGCUUUAUGUUCUGCAGAUCCCCGAAACAGAGUCCUACCCUUUAUGAAUGCUUGAUUUGUUUGGAGUUCUCUGAGAAUUAGGGCUGUAAAUACAGUUCAGAGAUACAAGCAGUUGAUUUUGGGUCCUCACACCAAUAGGCCAUACUGCACACUGAUGUACUGUACUCAGGUGAAACCAGUUUCUUUCUGAUUGAGCACUGUGUCACCAUCUAAACAAAAGGUCCUUCUGCAGUAUGGCAGCACUUCAAGCCAGUGUUUAAUAAUAUGUAUAAAUACAAAAAAAAGUCACCACUGCAAAGGUGCCCCUGAUGGGGUGGGAGGAUUACUGAAGAGGGCAUUACUACCAUCAGCCAUGGUGCUGAUAUUCCAUAUGCUGGUGCAUUGUUUAUGAUCACACUGACACAGUUGUAAAGUUCUUGCGAGGAUAAAGUGAUUGAGAGGGCUGUUGAAGAAAUGCCAGAACACACCCCUGUUGUUCCUGCUGCUCCACCCACCAUGCGUUUGCAGCAGCCAGUGAUUCUUGUACCUGGCCAGGUUAAGGCAAUUGUGAGUGUUUCAACACACAGCCUUUCUCUUUUGACCACUGCACUGCCUGCCUGGUAAAGUGAGGAUGUAAUGAUAAAGUGGUCCACCCUGCUAUGUGAUGGUACUCUGAAAUCCAUGAAACGAUUGGUGCCCAUUUGAAGAUGAAACUCUGAUUGUUCCUCUUGACAUAUGGAGAGGUGGUGAAAACUUACAAUACAUGAAAAACAGGAAGUAUCAUUGUGUUUAUUCUUUACUGGAAAUGACAUCAUAUAUUCUAAAGCCUCUCAGAUCACAAAGAUAAAAUGGCAGACGAGCUCUAAGCCAGCUUCAGCAAAUCUAUGUGCUGUUCACCAAAGAGAGAACUGCAGCAAGAUCCUGCAGACUGCAGUGGAAAGCACGAUGCCUCAGAGCAGGGUAUCUCUUUUCGCAGUUAUAUGAACGGUGGAAUGUCCAGCCUCGUCUGCACCGUCAUCACUUUCCCCGUGUACAAAACUGUGUUUCGGCAGCAGUUGCACAGCAUGCUGAUCCGUGAGGCUGUGGUGCAGCUAUAUAAGGAAGGGCUGCUGAAACUUUAUCGAGGAGUAGUGCCACCCUUGCUGAUGAAGACUCUUCAGGGAACCAUCCUCUUUGGCCUCCAGAACACCCUCCUGCAGCAGUUAUCCCCCUGGGCUGAAUCAUAUGUUCCCCGAGCGACGCAUCCUGCCCUGGCUGGGCUUGGGACAGGGGUAGUAGAGAGUUUGUUUUUUACCCCCUUUGAACGUGUACAGAGUAUUCUACAAAACAGUAGCAACGACCGCAGCCUUCCUACUAUUAGCAAAAUUGUGGGUCGGAUGAGGUCAGAAACUUUAGUGAAUGGGUGGUACAGAGCGUUUUUACCCACUCUUACUCGCAACGCAUUAGGAAGCAGUCUUUACUUUGGCCUGAAAGAUCCAUUGUCCAGAGUGUUACGCGAGCAAGAUUGUCCCCCCAUUGCAUCAUCUUUUGUGUCAGGGAUGAUCAGCUCUAUGAUGAUUAGCAUGCCCUUGUAUCCACUAUCAGUAUUGGUGGCCAACAUGCAGGCCCAGGUCGGGGGAGACAACCUGGGGGUGAGGGCUAGCUGGAAUCAGCUGUGGCAGAAACGACAGCGAAGUCUGGUAUUGCUGUACCGUGGAGGAUCGCUGGUCAUCUUGCGCUCCUGCAUCUCCUGGGGCAUCACCACUGCCAUUUACGACCAGCUAACAAAACACUCAGACUGAGAGACACUAUUGGCACUACUCUUCUGGAAGGUGGUUAUAUUGAAUCUGUGAAAACAUGUAUUCAACCAGUACAUCCAUCUCAGGCAACUUUUUCUCAUGUUUCUAUUCAAUGUGUCAUCACUAACAAUUUUGCUCUUAAAUCAGUAAAAUUGUUAGCAUAGAAUUUUCAAAUACAAAAAAAAUGUGUUAACUAGCAUGCAUACUGAUGGCACAAGGGCAUUCAGAUAAUUCACUUUUUUUGUUUUGUUUUUAUUAAUUUACUUUUACUCUAUAAUCUGGGUAACACUUGAGUUGCACCUUCAAAGUGAUCUUGCCAGUCAAUAACCACAAUCAUUUAAAAUGGCUAAGAAAAAACUUUUCUUCAUCACAUGAUCCUUGGGAAAUUUGGAUGAUGCAACUUCCUGUUUAACAUGUAACUUAUAAUGGAUUAUAUGGUGUUAAAUGGAUUCACACAUUAUGCAUUACAUUAUUUUAAUGAUGUGUGGUUAAGUGGGACAGGCAAUAGUGCUGUUUUCUAAAACUCUGUAAAGAGAUUUUUAAUUAAUGUUUGAAUUAAUUUAUCCGAAACAUUCACAUAGCUGUUGUAAAUAACACUACUGGUUUUUAAAAUGUUUUUAAUGUUUUCAACUUUGGUUUACAUAGAUAUUUGGAAAUUAUUUUUAUCAGUCGGACCUAAUGUAUUUAUCCUAUCACUGACGAUAUCUUGAGUAACUUGAGUGAGUUAACAAAGUCUUGUUAACUGUAUUGUUUAGCCACCAAAUUUCAGCCUUAACAUGCUCACGUGUUAUUGAUCUUACAAGGUGAAGUAAAUGGAUAAAAUGGUGCCUAAAAACGCAAUCAGUCUUUUUGUGUACAGUAUUUCAUGUGGAUUACAUAAUUCAAUAAUCACCUGUAGGUAUUAAUCUCAGGGUAACAAGGUAUUGUCAUAUCAAGUCAAGAAGCUUUUAUUGUCAUUUCAACCAUAUAUAGCUGACUCAGUAAACAGUGAAAUGAAACAUUUCUCCAGGACCCUUUUGGACCUUCAGGACUAUUAUCGUUGUCUUAUUCGCUUUGCACUGCAUCAGCUAUGUAUGGUUGAAAUGACAAAAGCUUGACUUAAAUUGACAUUAAACUUUACUUAGUUGUAGCAGAUACUCACAUGCCAUUAAUGGAUUUGUGAAUGUAAACUCGUAUAUAAAAUCAGAAUAAACUAUUAUCUGCCUUGGCUUUGCACAGAAGUGGAUCACCAUUCUUUUUGAACGAAUGAGGACCCACCUAAUGCUCAGCUGACUGGAUUUCAGUUGCUCACUUCUAAAUCUUGCUCAAAUAAAAUAUAAAAAUGUAUUUUUGUGGUGCAGCUUCAUCUCACCUACAUGAGAUGACCUGUUACUAUUGAGUAUUUCACAUAUACAUUGAGGAAUAUGAGAAUAUUUGCCUCACGCUUCCAGGGUUGGGGGUCCCACCUCCAUCCCAUGUGUAUGGAAUUUGCAUGUUUUGCCAGUGCUUCAGGGUUUCAUCACUCCUGAGUCACUUGGGAUAAGCUCCAGGAUCCCCACAACCCCGUGUAGAAUAAGCAGUACAGAAAAUGGAUACACUUAGUGACAUCCGGUAUUUCUGGCUUAAUUUGGUGCCCUCCUGUGGUAUUUGUGGGCCAUCUAAAACACCUGUCUGAAAUUCUUAGUGACUGAUUUUGUUUAUUUAUUUUCUACUAUGUACCUCUUUUUUUAUUUGUUUAAAAAAACAUAUACACCAAUCAGGCAUAAGAUACUGAGCACUGAGAGGUGAAGUGAAUAACACUGAUUAUCUCCUCAUCAUGCCACCUGUUAGUGGGUGGGAUAUAUUAGGCAGCAAGUGAACAUUUUGUCCUCAAAGUUGAUGUGUUAGAAGCAGGGAAAAUGGCAAGCAUAAGGAUUUGAGUGAGUUUGACAAGGGCCAAAUUGUGAUGGCUAGAUGACUGGACCAGAGCAUCUCCAAAACUGCAGCUCUUGUGGGGUGUUCCCGGUCUGCAGUGGUCAGUAUCUAUCAAAAGUGGUCCAAAGAAGGAACAGUGGUGAACCGGUGACAGGGUCAUGGGCGGCCAAGGCUCAUUGAUGCACUUGGGGAGCGAAAGCUGGCCCGUGUGAUCCGGUCCAACAGAUGAGCCACUGUUGCUGAAAUUGCUGAAGAAGUUAAUGCUGGUUCUGAUAGAAAGGUGUCAGAAUACGCAGUGCAUGACGGGUCAGUAUUUUGGUAGGAAAAGGGGCACUAAUAUAAUAUUAGGCAGGUGGUCACAAUGUUAUGCCUGAUCGGUUGUAUCAUAUAUACAUACGUGUGUGUGGUGCAAUUGCUUCAGUUGUUAUACUGUAUUUAAUUUUUUUUCUCCUUUAAAAGUUUCAGACUUUGCAGCACUAACUGUGUAACAGCAAGGUUCAACCAAGUGCUUAUAAUAAACAUUAAGCCGACAGGCUGUGAAAUAAAUGAUCCAG